AUGUCUUUGACUGCCGAUCCACCCGCAUGCCAGCCGCCGGAGAUACCUCGACCCACAAAUUGGUCAAUGGAGAAGCCGACAAGCUCAUCUUCAAGAUCAAGUCGUCAAACAACAAUGAGUACCGUAUCACCCCAGUGUUCAGAUUCAUCGACCCAUCUGGACGUCACCGUCACUCGCACUGCUGGAGCAUUAAAGGAGGACAAGCUCGUCAUCCACUUUUCCAACGCCCCACCUGCGGCCACUGACGCUAAGGCUGCUUUCUCUGCUGUCACUCCAGCUGGAACUGUCACGAUUCUAAUGUCGGCUGCAGCUUAA